AUGCUUACUCUUCGCCUAUUUUGCCAAAUCGUUUUGUCUUCUAUACACAAGAAACUAUCUUUAACAAUGCUCUGUACCUCUUGCUCACGCAUUCUCGAUUCUGAUGCAUUCAUAUAUAAUGGCAAAAAUUACAAAACGUGUGCCAGUUGCCUGACUACUAAAGCUGAAAAGAGAGCUACUAAAAAAGGCAUAUUGGAUGAUAAUACUAAUAAUGAAGAAGCCUUUAUUGAAAUAAUCUCUAUACAUGAAGUUAGUGAUUAUAUUGCCGAUAUGAUUGACAAUUUAGAACUUCAUAGUGCGCUUCAUCUUACCUUUCGUGUUAGACUUGAAAAUAUAUCUGAUACCGCUGAUAUAGACGUUAGAAUGAUUGCUAAAUUGAUUGUUGAUGAAAUUGAAGAAGGAGAUGACUAUAAUUGGGU